AUGAAGAGAUUCUCUAUUACAAAAAAAUAGGAGAUUACAUUUUUAUUUAGUAUUCCAAUAUUUUAGCUUUUGAACAUAAGGAAUAUGUCAAGUGUUUUUAAUUGCAAGAAGUUCAUAUAUUUUCAAUAACUUCUUGGAUAGUAUAAUUAUAUUUAUUUUCUACUCCAUAAUCAGAUAAUUUUAAAUAUUUGCUGUAUAGUUAAAAAUUAAAUUUGGACUGAAAAAACCAAACAAAUACAAUUAUAACGUAUUAUUUUGAUGAAUUUCAAAUACUUGAAAUAUAAAAUUACACUUUUUCAAAUUAUACUAUCUCAUACCCUCUUAAAUACAUUAUUUCUACUUUUUACUUUGUUAUUCUGA